AUUAUUAAUAAAUAUAUUGUAUUUUUGUACAACAGCUUCUUUACUGCCGAUCAAUGCACAGGAUUCUGAUGAUGAACGCACAAUACAACAUUAAUAAAAUGCUUCAUGACGACAAAUACAGAGUCAGUGUUCUUCUAAUAUGUAGUUAAUAUUAUUGUGAUUAAAUAUAAAGUAUUACCAAAUGUAUUUAAAGUAUCAGAAAUACUCAUCAGAAGGGAACUGUAUUAUCCUGCAGUGGAGGAUUAUUAGUACUGAUGCAUGAUGGUUUAGUAUAAUGUAGAGUAAUGCAUCAUGUUUUAUAGGUUGGUCUUAUGUAUAGAAAAUUAUAGGUAUAUAAAAUAGGUAUGUACUCUGUGUGUGUACAAUCGUGAGCUUCAAAAUAACUUUAACUGUAAAAGUAAUAAUAGUAAUAAAAAAGCAGCAUUAAAUUUAAAUACUGAGUUAAAGGUGUCUUAAUUAAAUACAGUUUUAUUAAAGGAUUAUAAAAACUGAUUCUUGAACAUGCACGAAGAAUUUUCAUUAAUUUUCAAUCUAUUAAUUUACUAAAUAUGAGGAUUUUAUAUAUUUGUUUGUUUAACAAUGCACCAAACAGGAUUUUAUAAGAUGAUCAUAUUUAUAUUAUUUAUUGUCCAUGUUCAUCUGUAGCUGCAGCUCUGGAGGGAAAAGUUCAACAUUUCCUGCUCAAAUGUGAUAAAGUAUAAGAAGUAUAAGUAUAAAAGUACAUGUUAAAGAAAUGUUGCUUCCUGGUGUGUGUGUGUGUGUGUGUGUGUGUGUGUGUGUGUGUGUGUGUGUGUGUGUGUGUGUGUGUGUCUGUGCGUGAAUCAGCACGUGUGAGAUGCUGCUACAGAAAAAGAGUGUGAUUCUCUUUUGUGAUUCACAACAAGAAAACCACAGAAACCUUUUUUUUAAAGAUUCUAAAACCAGUCGACCGCACCGACACCUGUGACCCUCGACACCUCGAACACAAAGGGCCUUUUUAAACCGUUUGUAUUUUAAAGUCCUGACGUUAUCAGAGUUUCGCAGAAGGCAGAUCUGCUCUGUGUGUUUAUUCUGCUGCUCCACGUCUGCUCAGGUACGAUGGUCGGUCACCAGUGGUUCACGAGGAUCAACAACCCGGCGGCACGAGGAGCCGCCGCCGCCCCGUCAGCCAAGCAGGAGCCGGACAUGUCUUCACGUUUCCUCUGCACCAGAAACAAAGGGACGUGUCAUCGUCUCUGUGCGGUGGUCGUCCUCUCGACGCUCUGUGUGUUGCUGCUCGCCACCUGUGCAGCUCUGGCCGUCCUGUAUACUCACCAAACAAACAGGAAGUCAGAGAAGCUCUUCAGCCACCAGAGCCUGAGCGACAGACACAGUUCUCUCACCAAAGAAAACAACAAGCUCAAAAGAGACAAUGAAAUCUUAAAGGAGCAAAACUCUCGUCUGGACGAACGGAACGAACUCGUCAACAGGACGACGGCUGAGCUCGAGUCCACAAAUCUGGCUUUGAGUUGGAAAAGCAGCGAGUUAACAGAGAAAAUCGUGAAUCUUACGUCCACGAACACGCAGCUAACGCACGAACACGAACAACUGGGUCAAUACUCAUCGGAGCAGGAGGAACAGAGGCUGAACAUGUCUCAGACCAUCCACCUUCUGCUCAGUUCCAACACUCGCCUGCAGGAGGAGACACGACGACUGUCCGAGACGAGCGACCUCCUGAGCGACGAGAUGAUCCAGGUGAAGGGAGAGAAUCAGGAGCUCCUGGAAAUCAACGACAAGUUUCAAGGAGAAAUUCAGAAUCUGACCGAGGUGAUUGGAGCCUUUUCAAAGGACGACCUGGAGCAGCUUCAGGAGAAAGUAACGCAGCUUCAGGAACAAAACCAGAACCUGAGCGCGGUGCUGGUGAGAGAGCAACAGGAGGCGGCGGAGCGGGAGGGGCGCAGGACGACGGAGGUCGAGCAGAUGGCGGCGGACGUGCAUUCGUCGAACGAGGCCUAUCGCUCUUUAGACCUCCGCUGCCCCGUGGCUAAUCAGAAGACCAGAGAGCGAAUUUGCAAAAACUGUCACAACAGCUGGAAACAGUUUGAGUCAAAGUGUUAUUACUUCUCCUCGCGCACGCUGAACUGGAGCGCCAGCAAGUCCUGGUGCCGGACACAAGGGGGCGACCUGCUCGUCAUCAACAGUGAACAAGAACAGAAGUUUAUUUUCGGCAGCAGUCGGACUCCGGACCCGUCCGGCACCAGACUGUGGAUCGGUCUGAGUGACGAAGACGAGGAGGGGGACUGGCGCUGGGUGGACGGCAGCAGAGUCGCUCCAGACGAGCAGUACUGGCUGAGCCGACCGGGAGUGGGAGCGGAGCCGGACGACUGGAAGCUGGACGACCCUCUGGGAGAAGACUGUGGACACAUCGACACGUCGGAGGACGCACUCAAGUCCUGGAUGGACGCUUCCUGUAAGAUCGCUUACAGAUGGAUCUGUGAAAAGAAGUUUUAGCUCGUCCACCAACAUUUUUAUUUCUCAUUUCAUAUAUUUCUCUGUACACGGGAGAAAAUUGUCGGAAAGUAUCUAUGAUGCAAUCAUUUUCUAACAUAAUUAUUCAUAUAUAUUCAAAUCUGAGUUUUAAUAUAACAAUAAUGCACGUUUAAAAAAAAGUGUCCUCU